AUGCGGCUGCUCAACAUCCACACUCUGCAAUUUGCAGACUUCGCGUCAGAUGACCUUCCACCUUACACCAUUGCCUCCCACAGGUGGGGUGAGGACGAAACGACCUACCAAUAUGUCGAGCGCCGGCCACGUACAGAUCUGGCGCGUGGAGCCUCCAAGAGGCAGUUCAGUUUCGAGGCAGUGUCCGACAUACCACCAUCCGCGGGCUUCAAGAAGGUGCAAGCCUUCUGCAAGACCAUUGCGUCCUUGAACUACACUGUCCUGUCAACGCCGCCAUGGAAGGUCAUCGGUCUUGCACUCAGAUGCGACUGGUUAUGGAUAGAUACCGCCUGCAUCGACAAGACGAAUAGCGCAGAGCUAUCGGAGUCACUUAACUCCAUGUUCAAGUGGUACAGAAAUGCCGCGGUCUGCUAUGCGUACCUCAAGGAUGUCAGAAGCACGAACGACUACCAGGGCGCAAUGCUGGACCUGAUGCGUAGCGAAUGGUUCCAUAGAGGCUGGACCUUACAGGAGCUCUUGACUCCUGGUGUUGUAGUGUUCCUCACGACAGACUGGAAAGUGCUUGGCCACAAGUGCCCGUAUGACGAAAUCAUGUGCGAGAUUGUCUGUCAUGGCUUCGGGCAGCGGCUGGACUUGAUUCUGUCUCGCAUUACACGUAUACCGCUGCACAUCAUCAGGAACUACGCAAAUGCUAAGAAUGUCAGCAUUGCAGAGAGGAUGACAUGGAUACAAAGCAGAAUCACGACCCGGUUGGAAGAUAAGGCUUAUUCACUCCUCGGCAUCAUGGAUGUAUUCAUGUCUCCCAUUUACGGCGAGGGAGAGCAUGCCUGGGACAGACUUCUGGCCGCGAUCGACAAGCGCGAAGAAGACUGCAAGCUUAUAGCAAAAAGGACUGCUACCAUGUCACAAGACCACCGCUGGCCAUUCGAGAAUAUGACCCUGCCUUUGUCGAGUUUAUCUCCGUCAAUCUCUUCUGAUUUCACACCGCGCAGCCGCACACAUGGUGGCCAGCGUCAUCGAGUACAGAUUGCAUGGAGUGCUACCACUGAAGCACAGACUGUGCCCAGAUCGAAGACCCAGACAACAGGAUGCAAAGACGUUGUGCAAGCUCUGAAAUUCUGCCAAGUAACUGUCCAGCCUGGUUCCUUGGGACCUGUUUUGACGCCGCAAGAUCUCGAGCGCUGGAGGCAGUCCUGCCUUCUGUGGCGGAACCCUAUGGAGCAGCAGUGCGGCCAUUGUCAUGGAAACAUCUACAGUGACCAGAUCAUCAAGUGCGACAAUGUGUACUGCAAGAAUCCGAUCUACCAUCGAAGGUGCGCCUCGCGGCGUGUUGACGAACCAGUGUGGUGUUGCGAUCUAUGCCGCGAUUCCAUGGAAGGUUUUGCUGCAGUGCAACAUUUGUCGCUUGAUGACCAGGAUACCAGGGUGUGUGAAAUUGAACCUUCACUGUUCGACGGACUUGACUCGACCACGCCCGUGUUGACGCUGACGAUACCUCAAUCAUUACCCAUCGUACCAAUGGAGCUUCCUCUUGCCUCCGAGGGCACCUCACAUAUGGUUGAUCACUCUUCAGCCAGUAAUCUGAGCUCUGGUGACGACAGCUCGUUCCUCUUGACGCCGCAUUCGCAACACGGUGAUGUUUCCCCGAUCACCGAGCCUCCUGAGAGUGUCUCGCCAGAGCUGGAUCAGCCACUGGACAUGACCGUAAAUAUGCUGAAGACAGCCUUGACCGAGGCUAACAGAUCCGAUGCAGAGAUAAAGAGGAUAUGGUCGCUGCUCGAGAGUAUGACCACGAGGGAAGCUAAAGAAAAGGAAGCAGAGACCUUCAAGCAACGAUGCCGAUUGGUCCUUCACAAAUUACGACCUCCUCGACACAUCACACGGUAUGCGUCUCGAAGACAGGACUGGACAACGAUUGCUGGAGACGAGUACUUGGCAGAGAGAUGA